UGAAAAUCCAGACGUCUGCCAAGGUGUCAAGAACAGCGCAAAAAACAUCCUGCAGAUUGGAGAACUGCUAAAACAAGACACCCGUCAAAGUGCCGAAAUGCAUUUUCUAAAAAACACCGAAGCUUUGACACAAAAUAUGCUCAUGUGUUUUACAGGUAACGAAGAGUACACGAAGCAAACAUUGAAAACUGUUUCAAGCAUUCUAAGUGAUUCGCCUCGAAGAAAAAACAUCGUGCAUGAUGACGUAGCGCAUGUCUUGGGAGACGUUAAGAAAAGAGACAAACGUUUAGCAGAGGGUGGACUGAAGGGUCCUCAAGAAGACACGAGACAACACUUCGAUGACCUGGCACUCAAGAACAGCCAUGACUUUCGAGAUGAGGGUGCGUCUCAUCUUCAUCCUGCUGAGAUGCCAAAUGAAAAUGUGAAUAAAAUUCAAGAUACCGAUGUAAUUGCAGAAGAUGGAAGCAUGGCCGACAAUAAAGAAAAUGUUCCCAUGAUAUUGCCAGACGAGCAUCAUCUCUUUAAGCAGCCAGAAAUAUCUUCAGUUGAAGGAAAUGAAGGCACGGGAGUUGCGAGAGAAAGUAACGAUGAACUAGAAAUAGACAAUUCUGAACAAGGCAUUACCCAGCAGUCUUUAGCGGCGCACACUGUUCCCGAGGAAAACUCACUCUCGUCUUCAAUAAAAGCCAGCAUGCUGAAAGACGUCAUCGCACUAAACAGGACUGAUGACGCAACCAGUUUUGACGAUGUAUCACUUCAGGACGACAACGACCAAGGAUUCGAGUCGCUUCCUUGUGACCAAACACUUGACCCGGAAGAUUUGAAUGAGGAGCAACACGUGAAGGACGAACUGGACAAUGCCGAAAAACUCCUGCCCGCGGGCGAUGAUGAUAACAUAGGUGCGGAUAAAUUGACCGCUUUAUUGGAUGAACUUGCUGAGCAUGAGAAAGCCACACCCGUUAGCCUCCAAUAUGACACCGGAGUACAGACUACGCCGACUGACGUCACUGACCAAAACAAUGAGCCCGUUUUCGAGCCCAAGCUUCGAAGCUUAGCUAGCAACGACGACAGUGACAAGGAGGGAAGCGCACAAAAAUGUGCUCACGGAAUUCGAUCAGACGAAAACGUGCAUCCCGCGCCCUCGAUGAGCUCUGAUAAUGAAGAACAAAUAGUGCUAAGCGUACAAAUAACAGGAAGCAAAUCAGGUGAGAGUGGUUCUGCAGUUCCUGACGAACACAAAGUUACUGAGAUUGCAGGCCACAAAAGAGAUUGUGAAGGCAUUUCAGACGCUGGCAUAGAGAAGAACACAAGCAAAAUAUCCGAAUAUUAUAUUGACCUUCAUAGUGUCGACACAUCGGGGUGGCCGAAAAGCUUACAGGAGAAGGAGGAAGAAAAAGCCAGCGAGCAAAUUGUAAAGUCAGAUAAGUACGAGAACGAGCAUUCUGCGAACCAGGCUACCGGCGUCAACAACAAAAUCGGCAUUGAGAACGCUCAGACCUCGGAAAAAGAGUCAGUAGACAUUGCAGUGGCUACUGAGGCUAGUGUACGAGAUGAAAGAGAUGAAGAGUUUGCAAUGGAAAAGCCCGUUAACAAAAGCAGCAAGGACAACGAGAUUGCUGAAGUGAAGACAGAAAAUUUGAUGGGUGAAUCGUCAGAGACUGCUGCGCACAAUGAAGCGAGUGUGCAAUGUGAAACAUCAGAAGGGUUUCCGAGCAACGAAUCUGUGAAGAAGAGCACCAAUGAUAACGAACUCGUCAAACUGGAGUUAGAGUCAUCAGAAACCAAGUUGCGAAAGAUUGAAGUGCGUGAUGAAGAAAGCAUGCAAAACGAGUUUGCAAUGGAAAAGCCUGUUAACAAAAGCAGCACUGACAACGAGAUUCCUGAAGUGAAGACAGAAAAUUUGAUGGGUGAAUCGUCAGAGACUGCUGCGCACAAUGAAGCGAGUGUGCAAUGUGAAACAUCAGAAGGGUUUCCGAGCAAUGAAUCUGUGAAGGAGAGCACCAAUGACAACGAACUCGUCAAAAUGGAGUCAGAGCCAUCAGAAACCAAGUUGCGAAAGAUUGAAGUGCGUGAUGAAGAAAGCAUGCAAAACGAAACGUCGGAAGAAGUUGCCUGCGGACCAACUGCACAUCCGAGCUCGAGUGACAUUGGCGUCCCCAAACUGGAGAGAGAGUCUUUCAUAGGCGAGAUUUCAGAGCUCGCAUCUACUGAAGCCAGCGUGCCAAAUGAAACGUCUGAGGAAUCUGAAAGUGAAGCGCCUAUAAACCGGAGCACUAACGACGAGGUCACCGUAGUGAAGGCUGAGACACCAGUCAGCGAAAUUUCAGAGACAGCAACGUCUAACGAAGCAGGCGUACAAAAUGAAACAUUUGAGGAUUUUGCAAGCGAAGAGCCUGUCAGCCAGAGCACUGGUAAAAUAAGGGAAGAGACCUCUACAGAACAACUGGCAUUCACUGAAGCGAGAGCGCAAAGUAAUAAAUAUGAUCAAUUUGCAAACCAACGAUAUCCGAGUCACAUCACCGACGACAAGCAUGACAAUAAUGUGAAUGCGGAUGCGUCACUGAGCGAAUUUCCACAGAUAGCAGUGAUCGAUGAAUUAAAUGUGCAAAGCAAAACGUCUGAUGUACUUGGAAGCGAAGAAUCUGUGAACCAGAGCAACGCUAAUAUCGAGGUCAUCAAAGUUAAGGCAGAGGCAUCUAUAAAUGAACUGCCGAAAGUUGUAAUUCCUAACGAAGUGAGUGCGCAAAAUACUCCUGAAGAGUUUGCGAGCGGAGAAACUGCGUGCCCGACCACAAGUGACAGUGAUGUCCCCAAAGUGAAGGCAGAGGUGUCAAAUAGUGAGGAUCCAAAAAACGUAGUGUCUACUGAAGAAAGCGAGCGAAUUGAAACGAUGGAAGAGUCUGCAAGUGAAGUGUCUGUGAACGAGAACAUGAACAAAAUGAUUACCAGAGUGGAGCCAGACGCACCUGUAAGCGAGUUUCCAGAGACAUCAUUGUCCAGUGAAUUGAGCGCGGAAAGAAAAACAUCUGAUGAAUUUACAAGCGAAGAACCUGUGAAUCUUGGUACCAAUAACAACGAGGUGACCAAAGUGAAUGCACAGGCCUCUGUAAGUGAGAUGACAGAAAUCUUAGUUUCUAAUGAAGAGAGAGUGUACAGUACAUCUGAAGAGUUUGCAAGCGAAGGAACUGCGCACCCGAACACGAGUGACAUUGCGAUCACCAAAGUAAAGGCAGGGACAUCAUUUGGCGAGGUUCCUGAGAUCGUAGUGUAUGAUGAAGCGAGUGUGCGAAAUGAAGCUUCUGAAGAGCCCGCAAGCGAAGCGCCUAUGAACCUGAGCACAAACGAAGAGACCAGAGUGGAGUCAGAUGCAUCUGUAAGCGAUAUGCCAGAGAUAGCAGUGUUCAAUGAAAACAGCGCGGAAAAUAAAACAUCUGGACAAUUAGCAUGUGAGGAAUACGGGAAACAGAACGACAACGACGACGAGAACACCAAAGUGAAGAUAGUUACGUCAGUGAGUGAGUUGCAUGAGAUCAUAGCCUCUAAUGAAACGACUGACCAAAGUAAGAAAUCUGGUGAGUUUGCAAGCGGAGAAGCUGCGCGCCACAGCGCCAGUGACGUCGCCAACACCGAAGCGAAGGAAGGGGCAUCAACAAGCGAAGUUUCACAGACCACAAUCGCUGAUGAAGCGAGCAUGCAAAGUGAAAGAUCUACGAAGUUUGGAAACGAAGCGCAUGUGAGUGAAACCACCAAUGAAAACAUCGCGGAAGCAAAGGCAGAUACUUCAACCGAGUUGCCGAAAAUCAUAUUAUCUAAUGAAGCGAGCGUCCGAAAUAAGCCUACCGAAGGCUUUAUAAGCGAAGAGCCUGUCAACCAGGGCAGCAAUAACGAAGAAAUCGCCAAAGCGGAUGAAGAGGAAGUGGGAAGUGAAUCGACAGAGACCAUAGUCCCUAAUGAAGCGAGUGUGCAAGUUGUGGGUGUAGAAACUGAGUUCCAGAUCAUCAGUGAUUAUGAGGCCACGAAAGGGCCGGCUGAGACAUCAACAAGUGUGGUUCCAGAGAACAUAGUGUCUGGCGAGGCGAGCCUAUUAAGUCAAACUCCUGAAAAGUUUGAAAAUGAGGCGCUUGGGAACGAUAGCCCACGUGACAACGCUAUCCCGGAAGUGAAGUCAGAGGCUUCAGCUAGCGAGCUGCCAUUUAAUGAAGCUUCCGUGCAGAGCAUAGCGUCUGAAGAAUUCGCAAACGGAGAAAGUACGCAGGAAACUAAUGGUGUCGUUGAGGUCGCCACAUUGAAGGCAGAUGUGCCAAUAAGCGAAGUGCCAGAGAUCGCAGUGUCUAAUGAAGUGAUUCUACCAAAGAAAUCACAUGAAGAGCUGAAAAACAAUGCUACAGUGAACGAAAGCACCAAUGAUAACGAGGUCACUGAAGUGAUGGCCGGUGCAUCGGUAAUCGAGUUGCCAGAGGAGACAGUGCCAAAUGAAGCGAGCAUAGGAAAUGAAAUAUCAGACGAGCUUACAAGCAAUGAAAAUGUGCACCAAAGCAACAGUGAUAAAGGGAACGGCGAACUGAGACCAGAUACAGCUAAGUGACC